AUGAACUUCUCCGGCAAGUACCAACUGCAGAGCCAAGAGAACUUUGAGCCCUUCAUGAAGGCAAUGGGUCUGCCUGAUGACCUCAUCCAGAAGGGGAGGGACAUCAAGGGGAUCUCAGAAAUCGAGCACAACGGGAAGCAUGUCAAACUCACCCUCACCUAUGGGCCCAAAGUGGUCAAGAACGAGUUCACCUUGGGGGAGGAAUGCGAGCUGGAGACCAUGACUGGGGAAAAGGUCAAGGCAGUGGUUAAGAUGGAAGGAGACAAUAAAAUGGUGACAAGUUUCAAAGGCAUGACGUCGGUGACUGAACUCAACGGCGACACCAUCACCAAUACCAUGACACUGGGCGACAUUGUCUACAAGAGAGUCAGCAAGAGAAUUUAG